AUGGCGGAGGAUGCGGACCUCCUGGCCAAGUUUACUGCGCUCCUCGCCUCGCCGGACCCAAUCGCGCUCCCUCGGCAAACCCUUCUCGGCGCGGUCUCCCAUUACAUCUCAACCUUGCCGUUGGCGGAACUGCGGCCGCUGCUCAAGGUCGUCAUCCAGUCGCCUCAUUUAUGGGAUGAUGUCAAGGAUCGUGGUGACAGUAGAGCAGCUGUCAAGCUUGGCGCCCGCGGUGCGCUUGAUCGCCUAAAAUCGACCCCCGGUCCGAGUCGGUGGUUCCGGCGUAAUGACUCCUUAUCUGACUGGCUGGAUGAAGCCUAUGGUACCACCGCAGAGGCCGAAGGAGGAGGGAAGCUCCACGUCAUGGUGGCGCUGCUGGUGGUGGAUCCGGCGACAGGGGUAGAGCAAGGCAAGGCGCAGCUGUGGAAAGGGAAAGAACGGGCAAAGGCGGAGGAUGAGGUCAUCAUGGGAGCAGCCGGGAGGCUUCACGAGGCGGAGAAAGGGGCAAGCGGAAAAGAGGACGUUGGGCUACUCUGCGAGGUACUGGAAGCGGUGGAUGGGAUGAGGGUUCGAGUAUUGGAUACAAACGCUGCGUCGCGGACCAUACUCAGCAGCCUGUACCUAAGGCUCGCCGACUCGCCGAGCUCGGUGGCCAGUACAAUCAGUCGUACCAGCCCGGAGAUACUCAGCCGAGCUGUCGCUCGCUUAUUCGGUGUCCUCAAUGAUGGCGAUGUCGAGACGCGGGGUCAAGGCUGGAACGAGAUGAGGCAGUUCUGCAUUCAGAUGCGAGGGGUGAUCAGCUCUUUCGCAAGGCAAAAGACUGCUCUCUUCGCCUUCCUUGUCCCCUCCUCCACCACUCUUUCCAUCCUCCUUCAGAAUGAUCCGCCCUCUGGAUCCACCGAUCGCCCGCAUAGGACAUCACCAUCAGCGGAUAUAGCCUCCGAGUCGCUUCACACCUUAUCGGCCUUCGCUUCCAUCCUCGACCUGUCUCAAGGCGGUCUCGAGGGAUACCACCGGAUAUUACACGGUAUGAUCGACAUCCUGGUCGCUUCUGCUGGUCCGACCGGAGUCAAGGACCUGCUCACGCGUGCUCCGGCGCCAGACGUGGCGAGCCUCGCGGAAGGAGCCUGGUGGAUGACCUUUGGGGAGAGCGUGAUCAACCAAGUGGACCAGUGGGGCUUCGAGACCGUACUUGAACCGAUGAUCCAGAGGUUUAUCUCAGAUAACUCUCUUCGAUCGAGCUUCGAAGCUGCACACUCGUUACGGCUGGCCACACUUCAAGCGGCAUCAAAGACCCUGGACACGAAUCGCUCAGACCGGAUCCUUGUCCAGCGGGACUUGCUGGCAUACGCUGACCUGCUUAUCCAACAAUACACCGAGUCGCUCAUCACGUCCGACCAGUUCCGGUCCGCCUACCCCCUCAUCGUCGAAGCGGCAUCAAGUCACUCCCCAGAACUCGUCAAUACCUGUCUGCGGCAGCUACGACUCGCCAAAGCGCCCACUACCUCCGCAGAAGCAGACGCGUUCGGCCAUAGUCGCCGAAUGGUAAUCAUCGCCUCUGCGCCUCAUAUCCCCCUUCACCGCCUGCGGUCGUACCUCGAUGGUCUGGCCCAGGAUAUCGUCGCUACCCCGGCGGACUCCAGUCAUCGGGUCGAACUGGCGGGCGCGGCGUUCAGGAUGGUGAUGCAUGAUUUGCCGGAUGGGCCGAGGAGGGAGGGGAUGGAAUGGUGGACUAGCUGGAGGGGCGUCUUUGACAGCGGGGCGAGGUCUGUAGAUGCCAAACUCUGA